GCCUCCCUGUCCACUUACAGGUGGCCCUAGUGGGCCAGGAGCCCAUCCUAUUCUCUGGGUCCAUCAGGGAGAACAUCACCUACGGCCUACAAGGCUGCAGUGAGGAAGACGUGAGCAGAGCAGCGGAAGAAGCUGAUGCCUUGGGAUUCAUCUGUGAGCUGGAAGGAGGCUUUGAUGCAGAGGUGGGGGAGAAGGGGGGCCAGCUCUCCAUCAGGCAGAAGCAACGGCUGGCCAUCGCCCGGGCCCUGCUCCAUGGCCCGAAGGUCUUGGUGCUGGAUGAAGCCACAAGUGCCUUGGACCCCGAGAGUGACGCUGCAGGUACCAUGAAGGCGCCUUGCUAA